ACUAACAGAUUUCCGGUUUUGUCCUUUAAACUGACGGAGCUGCUGAGUGGGUGAAAGUUUGCAGAGGUGGAAAAUGAAUGCUGCAAGUUACAGAGAUUGCGAGGUGAGUGUUUUGUCAUAUUGAAAUUUUUCAAAAUUUGACUUAGACGAGAAAGAAGAAAACUUUUGCUUUCGCGAUUGGUGUGAAUUCGGUGUUUUUCAAACUCUGUUAAUGUAGGGAUGGUUAAAGUUAGAGUAAACUACACGCCAAUACGGCUAUGGUAGACCGAUACAGCCAGGAGUUCAUCGAAAAUAAAGAUAUUAUUGAUGUCACAGAUGAGAUGUUGGUUUUUGCAGCUGACAAACUUGUAAGGAUAUUGACUUAGUUGAUGUCUGUGCGUGAUUGUGUAAUCUGCUGGAACUUAUUUACGUUAUUGGCUCAUGCAGAGAGUUUACAUAAGCUCCUGUCAGCCCUGAGAGGCAGAAACAAGAAUCAUCAAGAAAACUUAUAUUCAAAAAAGAAGAAAGCCUUCAAACAGAGAGAUCAUGUUAAAGUGUGUAAUAAUGUGUGCAGUUGUGCAGAAAUUUUCAAAGAAUGUUUUUAAUGAAGUCCAGUGAGAGUGAGUGCUCUGUAGUGAUAUGAAUGCAUGAAUAUCAAACUUGAAAAAAUAAAUCAUAUGUAUAAUUUAUUCCUCACACCUCUAUCCCUGCAGGCUUGGAGGGCAGAGGGUCUUCCUCUGUCCACCAGCAGCAAUGAGGCAUGCAAACUGUAUGACGCCGUCCUCACUCAGGUAUGUUAUUCACACUCUUUGUUGUUAUCUGCAGACUUUGUAAAAGAUAAAAAUAACAUGCAUAUUAAUAGUGUUUUAUUUUCGCUCUGCUUUUAGUAUGUGAAAUGGAAGACUGAUGAAACAGUGGGAGGAUUUGAAGGAAGUAUAUCUGCUCUCAAGGCUGCUGACCCCAACUUUGGUAUGUACAUACCUGAUUCCAAGACAGUUGAGACCCUCUGACAGUAGUAUUAAUGAUAAACAUUGUUUAACAUGUUGAAUAAGCCAAAAAAAAAGGGAUGAGGUUCAUCCUGUAAUAGACAGAGACAUCCUGCCUCACUGAACAAACACAUAUAUCUAUGAAAGAGAUGGCAGGCAUUUGCAAAUAUCAUGAAAGGCGCAUCAAAAGAACAGCUGUAAUUGAUGAUAUCUUAUAAACCUGUCUGACUGUGAUCCAUUUAACUGAAACAGUACAGUGUAUUUGUUAUUUUGCAUGCCUCCUCCAAUAAUUUGCAUGCUAAAUAGACUUACAGUCCAUGGAACUGAGGCAAAGUUAAUUUAUGUCUGUUUUUUAAGCUUCUAAUGCUCAGGUUCAAAAAUGUAUCCCCCCUCCUGGAGCAUGUAAGCUGCUUUUGAUUUUAACUGCUUAAAAAACACAAGAUCUGGCCAUUCAAUUGAUUUUCAUGCCUCUGUUUGAAAAGAAAACAAAUUUAUGUCUGCAGGCUUAAGACGAAUAACAGUCCAAACAUGACUCUGAAUCAGAAUUAAUCCUUAUCCUUGUUUGAACUCCUAGUUACUCAUAAAAAUGAAAUAUGUAUCAACCAAAGAGGGGUUUUAUUGUUAAGCAUAAUUAACGGCUUGAAUCAACAUUCAGCUUGAGUUAAAAAUAUAAAGGGGGGCACACCAUGGUUUCCUCAGGGCACACAGUGGGGAUGAAACCUUUUUUAACAUCACUUAUUCUCUUAUUAAAUAUGGAGAGAAGUAAAAAGCUGAGCUGAACAAGGAAAGACAGCCAGUAAACGUUUCCCUCUUUGCAUAACAGGCAGUGCUUCGAAAGUCUCAAGUCCCAAGUGCAUGUGAUUUGAUUUAGUCUACUUUGAUAUUGAAGUUAUAAAGUCAAUAAAAAGACCAGUGCUAUCUGUUGCUCUCGCAGUUAUGGGCCAUGUGAUCAGUACGGGGCUCGAUCUGAUGGGGACGGGAAUCUCCGUCCGGUUGGAUAAGCGUCUGGCCGACGAUGUGAAGCAAACGGUGGAGCUGGCAAACACCCAGGUCCUUUCUCCCAGAGAGAGGCUUCAUGUCAAGGCUAUGGAGCUCUUCUCACGGGGGUAAGAUUCGGAGCCAGGAGGAUACAAAAGAGAGGGUCAGAGGAGAGUGAUGAAUAAGACUUUUGUCUUCAAAGAGCCAGUAGUUAUCUAAAAGUCCUCAUUGGGGCUGUGGCAGGGUCUCUGGAAUCAUAUGUGCAGCUUUGUUGUAAAGCAGUGAGCAGUAUUUUCCACAUAGAUAAAACCCAGUUUAAAAAGACAGUACAGUAGUGCUCUGGAUGAGACAAAACCUAAUGGAGGAAUUAGUCACAUUAUGCAUACAUAAAUACUUCACAGACUGUGAUUAAAGCUACUGUAAGGAGUUAUUAACUGGGUAUGAUGUCUUUUUAUGACCCACCAAAGUGAACCAGACAACCAGGGCAGAGAUUUAGCAAUCCGCUAAUAGUAAUCCAUAUUUUGUCUACCUGCCAGUGAAGGAGGUGUCAGAUGAUUAACAGCACACUAUUAAAAAAGCCUUUCUAUGUUUUAACACCAGAUAAUCACUGUAGUUGCAUGUUAAAGGGAUAUUUCGAUAUUUUGGGAGGAGUGUUGUAUGAGUAUUAGUGUAUCAUCGGUCAGCUCAGCCCCUUUAAUGAGGAACUACUAUGUAUAGGACGCUUAGUUCACUACAGUUUUCUGCCUUGCUGUUUUGCUAAUUUUGAGAGCGCCUGAUCUGAGCAUGCCUCUCAGUGUGAGUGUUUGUGCCUCUGAGACAAUUUUCAGCUCUUAACCCAUUUGUUUUUGCGUUAUUUGCAAACAGAACGCACACCAAACCCUUCUGCAUAUAGCACAAUCAGCAAAUCAGCUCUCUAUUGUACGAGUCACUGAUAUUUUGGGAAUUUAAAGCAUGUCUUGUGUCGUGUUUAUACUGGCAGUUUUCCAGUAAAAGGAGCCGAGACAACAUGCAUCUAAUGAGGCUAUUGCACUGGCAAGUGGCACUUGUGACACCACUUUGAAAAUAUUAAAAUAUCCCUUUAAAAUGACAGAGGUUUGACAGUCAGAAAAAAACAACACAAACACAUUCACAGAACAAGAUCAUCAAAAGGAAGACUUUACCACCGAAAACUAAUCAAUCAAAAAGUUCCUCUCAAGAGCUUGAGAAACAACUUUUGAUAUGUUACUAAACUGGAUGAUGGGUUUUCAUUAAAGUUAAUAGGAUUUAGUGUUUGUCACAAUUUUCACAGCAAAUUGAAAGCUAUUAUAACCAUUACAGACUUGGUUUGAAACAGUUUUAAAUUAUUGUUGAUGCCUACAAAAUGGAAUGAAAGUGAACAAGACCAUCAAAGAAAGAUUGAUAUUUUAAGUCAUUAUUUUUGAUGCUUGAAACCACUGCUGUGAGGUAUGAUGAAGUGAUUACCAACACGCUGCAGAAAAAAAAAAAUCAUGUUUUCAACAGCAAUUUUUUUUUUGGUGAGACCUACAACUGAUUAUAAAAUAAACCAGGAAGAGUUUUCCUUGAGUUUGCUUCUUUUCAAGGUUCUUCACCUCAAACCAACUCCAGCUGUAUGACAGUCACAACAACCCACCCAUCAAAAUCAUCAAAACAUUGUGGUUUAAAGGGAUAGUUUGUAGUUGUUGAAGUAGGGUUGUAUGAAAAUCAGUUAUUACAAGUAAGGGAUCCCAGGUAGCUCCGUCCCUUUGUUAAGUAUGCUGUGGAAGAAACUUGCACAGCUUGGCUUGGUCAACUUUGCCACAUAAUUUAGAUAAGUUUAAAGAAACUCAGGCUAGUAGGUGUAGCUUUGGUGAAAAAAUUUUCUUGUUUAAAUCUGAGUUUGCUGACCAGCUUAUCAGUUUGCUGCAGGUGGAGGAUUUUGUAUGUGUCCAAGAGCAGUGGGCUUCAUUUUCGGACUCAAGCUUGACUCUACGGCCCAAUCCCAAACCGCCACCUAUACACUCGGCCUUCACUGUCGCGUUAAAAAACGUAAAAAACAGAAUUUACACUGAGAUUAGUGUUUGGAUCGGAACAGUUGCUUUGUUUUACCCUUGUCUCUUAAUUUAAUGCCUUCAUUCUUCAUUUGUGAUGCAAAGAAACUGGGUUGUGUUUAAAAAAAAAAGGUAGUCAUAAUCUCAUCAUCCACAUUCAAGUUUUUCAAAAACAGCAGCAAGAAAAUUUAGCUAUCAUUUUUACUUGAUAAAAACUAGUGGGUGGAAAAGUAGUCUGAAGGUCCAGAUUUCCACAGUCAGUGAAUUAAAGUUUGUACCCUGUUCAUUUGCUGCUAUAAAAUCCCAGCACACCACCGAGCGACUCUCCUGCCGGGCUGCUGACAGCGCUGUCAGCUGGUGAGUCAAUCACGAUGGAUGGCAGGGGAGCGCGGUGAAACAUAAAGUUUCCACCGUUUAGUUUAGCCCACUUCACUGCCAGUCAGCAUCAGAGCAGAGUGCAGCAGCAGCAGACAGACCAGAGUCUUGCUUCUUUCUAUUUGUAUCUGUUUGAUUUUUACUUUCAAAGUUAUUUUUGGGAGUGCAUUUUCGACUUAAUUUGAUCGGACAGCUGAAAAGAGACAGGGGGGUGUAGUGCUGCAGAGUUACGUGGUUGGAAGUCGAACCAGAAGUUGAAAGGAUGAGGGUUAAAGCCUCUGUCUACAGGGCGCCUGUCUUAAACACUGAGCUGAACAGGCUCCCUGCAAACAUCACAGUUUGUCACAUGGUAUGUGAGCAGUUUGGGCCCGGUUUGCAGAGUCGACAGCUUGUUAUGCAGCUGUUCCUGUAUCAUCGUCAACAACGUGAUCCAGCUGAAUGAAGAAAAUUACCCUUGGACUGUUUCUGGAAAAAAAUCAAGAUAUCAUCACUCAUGAAUAACUCUGAACAUCAUCUGGUGGUGCUGUUGUCCAACCCUGAUAUCAGGUCCAGAACAAUUCGAGAGUUAGACUGAGUGACCUUAGUUAAUAUGUUAGAUCAGUGGCUCUCAAGUCCAGUCCUCGAGCCCCCCCUGUCCUGCAUGUUUUGGAUGUUACCCUGCUCCAACACACCUGAUUCAAAUGAUCAGCUCGUUAUUAAGCUCUGUAAUGGCUUAAUAACAAGCUGAUCAUUUGAAUCAGGUGUGUUGGAGCAAGGAAACAUCCAAAACAUGCAGGACAGUGGGCCUCGAGGACUGGACUUGAGAACCACUGUGUUAGAAUAAUGGGAAGAAAAACAACACGUAUAUCAAUGAAAUCAGCUGCUCUUAAAAGAAACGUGUACUGAUUUCUGCUCUUCAUACUGAUAGGUUAGUACACCUUUCGAGUAGCUUUACGUGAUAUGUAGCUUCUACCUGAGACACUUUUGCUGUGAAAAAAAAGAUAGACACAGCUUGUGAAUGUGUUAUGGAAAAUAUGUAUGUUAUGCAGCAAAAAUCAAUGCACAGGAGACAGGAUGAGAUCUGAAGAGCAACCUUGGUGUCUUUAUUGUACAGAUGUAAAAAUCAUUACAGAUGACAGUCUGGACCAAAACCAUCAGAGGAAGCCCUAAACUCUCCUCUCAAUCCCUUUUAUGCUGCUGUGUGUGUGUGUGAAGGUAACAGGUGUGUGUGUUACAGUGUGUGUUACAAAUGUGCACCUCUCAAGUGUGUGUGUUACAUGAGUGAGUCCCUUUAGAUUUGUGUUGCAAGUGCGAGUCUUUCCAGCCUGAUAACCAAAGCUGUGAGAGGUUAGCCAAGGACACGUAUAAUGGUUCAGAAAUUUAACAGCCCAUUAGUGUUUCUGGGAACACAACUUAACAUUCCUGGUAAACAUAAGGAUCUACUCAACUUUUGGUGAACUGGGGAAAGUUCAGGCCUGCUUACAUAACCACACAGUUGUGUAAGCAAAACAAUCUCAGUCUAUUGUAAAUCACUUAUAUUAAAUAGUAUAACAGAUGUUACAUUUUACACAGCUUUAAGUCACAGAAUGACCCAAAUUAGAGGCUGAACAAUUAUCAGCCUCAGCUUUGUCGAUUUUUGAGGCUUAGGCUGAUUACCUGUGUCAUCCUUUGUUUUACAAAUGACCAAUAGAAUUAACAAAUGUGCCACCUCUGCACCACUGCUGGUAAAUCUUUUCCUCUUGGUCUGUUUUCUUGCGCCACUUGUAUCAACAAAUGCCCCGCCCACAACACUAUCUGAUUGGCAAACAUCUCGAAGCUGGGCCAUUGUGCAAAACGUGCAAAGAAAUGUAAAACAAUGAUUUUCAAUUCCUUUUCCACUUAUAUUCAGUUGCAUACAAAGGCAAGAUAUCUUCUAUUCUAACUGAAAAAAUUUCAGUGUGAAUCGGGCAACCGUGGCUCGAUGGUAGAGCUGGUCAUGACUCACUUAGAAGUGUCCUUGGGCAAGACAUUAAACCCCAAACUGCCACUGCUGGCUGCACCCAGCCGUGUAUAAAUGGGAAUAAUAAACACUGAUGGGUGCUAUACAAAGCAGGCUCUGCCAUCAGUGUAUGAAUGUGGUAUGAAUGGGUGAAUGUGGUAUGUGAUGGAAAAGCACUUUGAGUGGUCAGAAAGCACUAUACAAAUAGAGCCCAGUUCCGUGUGAAUGCUGCACUGCUGUUUUUUAAGACCCCAUCUUUUUACAAUAACUGCAAAAGACGAGACUGGUGGGAAAUAUUUUUGGGGUGUGUACCGAGUCCUUUUAUCUGUCAUCUCCUUUGACAUGAUUUGUACAUCAGUAAAAGCCACACACUGUGAUAAAGGCUUGUUAUUAAGUCGUUUUAUGCUGCUGCUGCUUUGUUGUCACCCGUGUUUUAUGCUGGGUGACAAAAAAACAGCAUAAAGAACCUCCACUUCCCCUGAAAACCAACCUGUUAGUCACAUGGUAUUUCUAUAUGCUUAAUCUUAGCAGAAAAUCAAUAUUUUAAUUUCUUAAAAAGACAGUUAUCAUUAUUAUUGAUUUAAUUUGGGCAACAUAAUAUUGGGGCCACAUUUAAAAUCAUUUGCUCAAUAGAAUAGAGCCAUAAUCAAAUCAUAUUCAAAGUCAACAAGUAGCAGCAUAGUGCUGUUUUAAUAUCACACAUCUUAGGUCUUCAAACAGUCUCUUUAGAGUCCUGAAACUUUUGACAAUGUGGAGCUAAUGAGACAACACAUUGGAUGAUUUAACAAAACAAGUAAGGUUCCUCAUUUUGGUACAGACAGCUGACUGCUCACUGUUACACAAAUCAACUUCAUCGUGAUUUAGCAUGACUUCAUUCUUGUUCUAUUAUGACUUUAUAAAUCUUUCUUUUAACCCGUCUGUGAUUUUUUUAAUGUAACAAUAUGACUGAAAACACAUUUUGUGACAUCACAACUGGAUUUUCUUAAGGCUUUACUCUUUCAGAAAAUAUUCUUUAAUCUUUAAAAACAAAUGUAUACAUCUUUAAUAAGAACUUUGAUUUUACAUGGUCCCAAUACUCAGUUAUCAGUAUAAUAACCCAUAACAGAUCAAUACAUCAGCUUAUCACUCUGCAUCGUUCAAAACAAUGUUCCCAACAAAGAAAAGUAGAAUAAAAUGUGUUUACAAUCAGUUUGCUUACACCAUGACUGCAGGCUUUUGCAAGAGACACAUUUUUAUGACAGCUGGUGAUGAGGCUCAUGGGAAAUGCAGUCCUGUAACAAAUGUGUCCACGGGAAUCAUACAUUACAGGCAUGGUUUAGUUCACAGAAGCUUGAAGGGAGAUCCAGCUCAACACCCCUACUAACUCCAAGUCAGGGUCACCCAAGCUUCAUAGCCAGGCAUGUCUGAUACUGGGUAUAACACUAAGACAUCCCGAAGGAUAAAGAAAAUGUAUAACCUAUUUGAAGGAACAUCCUUGUCAUUGUUUGAAAAAAAUUAAAAGAAAUAUAAUCUACCCAGAUACCAAUUUUUUGGAUACCUCCAAAUUAGAGAUUUCAUAAACAAACAAAAAAAAAAAACCCACCCUCAAAACAUAUGCCACUAUGCCACCCAAAGAACAGCUACUGCUUCAGUUCCUUCAACACACCUGAUUCAAAUGAUUAGCUCAUUAUUAAGCCAUUACAGAGCUUGAUAACGAGCUGAUCAUUUGAAUCAGGUGUGUUGGAGCAGGGAAACAUCCAAAACAUGCAGGACAGGAGGGCCUCAAAGACUGGACUUGAGAACCACUGUACUAAACAAUCUAUGUCGUUUUUACAAUGUCAUGAACCAUACUGAUGUGUUGAAUACUCCUGCUGCUGCAAAGACAUGGCAGAACGACCUGGGUGUGAAUAUAGAUGAGGAUAAAUGGGAGAUGAUAUGGAAGAGCGCAAGGAAGAUCUCAGUGUUUAAUCGUGCAAGAUUGCUACAAUUUAAAUCCUGCACCGCCUGCAGAUUUCUCCCAGCCAAAGGCAUAAAAUGAACCCCUAAACUUCCCCUCUGUGUCUUAAAUAUAAAAUCUCUGUAGGGACCUAAACACACUGUUUUUGGUUUUGCCCUAAAAUUCGUGCAUACUGGGUUGAUAUUCUACAUGAUAUGGGAAAAAAAAUCUUGGCAUUUCACCAAGUUUGAAUCCUGCCUCUUUACUCCUGGGUCAGUCCAUGUCAAGAUGGUAUUGUUUGUAUCUACUUCAGCAGACUGUAUAAUAUUCUUACAUUUACUGCAGGGAAGAAUAUCUUUUUGUCAUGAAUAAGUGAAAAACUACCACCAUAAGAUUAUUAUGGGAUUUUUUUCCUCUUCAAUACCUGACUUGGCUGCUUCACUCAGAUAAAAAAAGAAAAAAAAAAUCUUGCACAUAUGUACUCCAUAUCUCUGUUUCUCAAGCACCACUAUUGCUUUAGCACUUGCAAGUAUUGUACUGCUCUAACUGUGGACUCUGCCCUAUUUUAGGGAGAAAAUUGAAUAAUUAGGAAGGACCAUGUGGAUUGUCUUUUCUUUCAUAUUUGUAUGUUUCAUUUUGUUAGGGUUAGGCUAUGAUGCAUGUAGACCAAAGUUGUGCUGAGUUUGUUGUUUGUAAAAAAAGAAAAAGGCAAUAGAUAUAUCUGAGAAACAAAAAACUAAAAUAUGUCAAAAACUGGAUCUAAAAGUCUGCAGCACAUUGUGGAUUUAACUCCAAGUCAGCUCAUAAAAUGAAGGCCAGUAUAUUGCCCAAUUUGUGGUAUAAAACUCUGGAUGACAUUAAUGCAUACAGCUAUAGUUUUGUAGACCAUUAACCUGUUGAUCCUUUUCAUCCAAAUUAAGUCAUUGUAAUAAGAAAGAAACAAAGCUUAAAGGGAUAUUCUGGCUUAAAAUUAAGUUAGAGUCAAACACACCGUAACACUGAGUUAGACACCCCGUCGAGAGAUGAAUGUUGCCGACCGCUUGCUUCUCUAGUUAUACCAACUUUAGUAACGACCACGCGCUCAACCAAAACGCCACUCUAUUGCCACAAAUAAUGCUCAGAACAGCACCUAACUUCAUCAACAGUACAUAUAGGGUCCCAGCCAUAGUACUAGCCACCAAACAUCUUUUUAACUUUGCCAGAUUUCUUUUGCAAAGAGUCUAAACACAACUCACCUACUCUCUUCCAGCAGCCACUUGUUUGUACGGAGACCUCCGGGUGAGUCCAUUGACUGCAGUGGGGGUGACGCAACUCAAGGAAGAACAUUCAUGAUCAUUACUCUAUCAUGACCUUGAAGUAAUAUUCAUCAUAUCAAUCACCUUGCACUGCAGACGUGGCAUCUUGGUCUUGCAUUUCCAUGAGGAAAUGAUGAUAAAUGUUCUUCCUUGAACUGCGUCCUCCAGCUGCAGUUGAUGGACUUACCCAAAGGUUUCCUUACAAAGAAGCAGCUGCUGGAAGAGAGUAGGUGAGCUGUUUUUAGUCUCUCUGCUAAAGAAAUCAGGAAGAGCUAAAUAGAUGUUUGGUGGCUAGUGCUAUGGCUGGGACCCUAUAUGCACUGCUGAUAAGGUUAGGUGCUGUUCUGAGCAUUAUUUGUGGCUAUAGAGUGGCGUUUUGGUUGAGCGUGUGGCUCUCUGUAUUGCUAUCGUGUGGUCAUUACUAAAGUAGGUAUAACUAGAGAAGCAAGCAGUCAGCAACAUUCAUCUCUCGACGGGCUGUCUAACUUGGUGCUAUAGUGUGUUUAACCCUAACUUAAUUUUUCACCAGAAUAUCCCUUUAAGUAUUAUUCUACAUUUCUAAAGCCUCAAACUAAUGUGAGAGGGUCGAUGUCAGCCGAGCUGCUGCAGGAACAGCACUGUUUUACAUUUUCCACAUGAAACAUUCAAGACAAGUGAUAGAUUUUCGUGUAGAAAGAUGAAUGUUUUAUCAGAGGAUACUUUUUGAGCAUUUAGAGGACUAAAUAAGCAAAGACUGCUUUGUCCACAGUGGGUCCCGAAAUUGACAGCAGUUCCUUAUUGGAGCUUUAAUAAAGAAGUUUUGUGAAAACAUUUUGCUGCUUAAAUCAAACUCCAGUAUAUCUGGUAAAAAGAGAGACAUCUCUUUGAUUUAGAGCAGCAUGUUGUGAAGUGAGAGCUCCAGAGCAGUCAGUCAGCGUAGCAUCCCAAAAGACAAGAGAUCAGUUUUGUUUACCACUGCGACAGAGAAAAUAGUUUUUUCAGUGUCUGUGAAACAAUAACGCUUUUUUAGAUGACAAGAAACUACAAGAACGUGUUUUAUCUCUGACAAUAUUCUCUCUUCUCAGAGCUUCUCAUUUUGUCUCUCUGUGUGAAGCAGUCAUGUUUUUACCAUCCACAGCAUGAAGCUGUUUUAAUGUGCACAAAAGACUCAACAAUUAAUUGGUCUAGUUUACCUGUAGUGUCUUUUUCCCCACAGUGGUGGAGGAUACUGUGAUAUUCUUCAGAAGACUCAAUAUUAAAUACUUCAUGUGCCUCUGACUCCCUCCUUUCAACACGACCUUUUAUCGACAUCUGUGAUAGUACGCUCAGCCAGUCUUGUGUCUUUAUGAACCUGUUCCCUUUUGUAACAGUGAUUCAUGUCUGUUUAGAAACUUCACCAAGGCCACCGACAUAUGGGAGGACAUCCUGUGUGAACACCCCACUGAUAUGCUGGCUUUGAAGUUUUCCCAUGAUGCUUACUUCUACAUCGGAGCCCAAAACCAGCUGAGGGACUCAGUGGCCCGAGUGCUGCCCUACUGGAAACCACACAUGCCUUUAUCCAGGUACAGAGGAGACCACAUAUUACAUGCAGAGGGUAGUUUACCGACCUGACCAAGACUCAUUUACUUCUAUGUGAUCCCCUCACACAUAAAAUAAACAGAAAGUGCAAUCUUUUUAUGAAUUUUGAAAACGAUAUAUCAUACAGUACAAAAGACAACAACAUAAACGGAGCACACAAGAGCAAAAGAGGGGAAGAAAAGAAAACACUCUUUACUCAAUCAGACUAACAGCUGGUUUCCAGAUUUUGCAAAGUAGUGCCUCUCUGUUUAUCAUUGUGAGUCUGUUUUAGGCAAAGCAAGAAGAGUUUGUUUAUCCAGCACAUUUUGGCAACAAGGCUUCCCGCAUGACAUUGAAACAUAUCAUUACAGAGGAUGGAGAAAACAGUUUGAAAAGUCUUUAAAAUAAGCUGUUCAAAAUCAAGGCAAGGGGAAAAUCAGCAACAAUGUCUCCUAAAACAAGGGACAAUAAGACAUUUUAAAAAAAAGGAGCAUAAACUUUACUUUGCAGAUCUAUAUGAAACAAUUAAAAAUGGACCUGGAAAUCAUUUGUAGUCUAAUAAAACAGGUGAGUCUUCAGCCUAGAUUUGAAAGAACUUUCUGGUAGUUAAUUCCAGAUAUUUGAAGCAUAGAAACUAAAAAGAUAAAAUGUUUGACCUGUCCGAGUUCCUCCAGCUUGAAAUAAAUGUGGGACUUCUCACAUUUCCAGCAAUAGAGUGUAUUACACUGUUGCUUUUAUAGGAAGGAAAUAAGUAUGUAACAGUAAUGAAAUAUGAAGAUUGUACGAUAUAUAUCUGCUGACUUGCUGUACAAGUGUAAAGGGAGCAACAUUAGUUUUAAUGCAAGAGCAAAUUCAGACACUAUAAACUCUAACCUGCUGGGCUCAGGCUGUAAAAAAGACAGACAACAUGACAGGUCCCCAAACAUUUAAAGCUCCCUGUACUGACAGGCUGCAGUCAGAGGACCAUAAAGCCCCUCCUGUGGGACAUAGACCAAAAUAACAAAUUCUCAUACAGACAUGACAAACAAGAUUUCUGUCAUUUUAGUUCACGUUUUUUAAAGGGAUGCAUAAUAUUGGAUCUUUGAAGAUAUUUUGUGACUCAUAUUUGCAGACUGAUAGCAAUAUGUUCAUAUACACACCUUUUUAUUUAUUGCAAAUGAGCAAAGUAUGUCCCUUAUCAGAAUUGACCUGUUACUGUAAACGGGUGAAUCUCUGUUGACAGCUGAGGCUCCUGCAGCAUUUUGUGAUGGAUUGACAGAUUAGAGGAGGAACAGAGAGAGAAAAUGGAACAAAUGCUGUGAUUUAUGAGCCAGACAGCGAGUCCUGCGAUUGGUCAACCGGGUAGCAUUGUAUCUCCUGCCUUUGCCGUAUUCCUGGUUUGUCACUGCCCCCAAAUUCAAGAUACAAACAUCUCAUUCUCUUUUUGUUUAACUUCUGGCACAUCUCUCUAUCUACUCUGAUUUUAACUUCUUUCUACUCGUUACAUUCCCAUGUGGAGUCAUUUUUCCUCUUCACCUGCUCCCUCCACACCUUCUGUUUUACACAUAAUCCUUUGCUCACUUUCUCUCACACCCUCUCACUCUUUGAAAUCAGACCUCACUUCUGUCAGCUUUUCCACAUUUUUCCCUCUCCUCUUCUCUGCUCCCCAUGGCUCAUUUCCCUCCGCCUUCUCUCUUUCUCUUUAAUUCUAUUCUUCACAUUAUUCCCACCCCUUCUAAUUAUUUUGCCUUCUCUUCCCUGCUCCUUUUUCUUCUCGGCAGAUUUUCUCCAAUAGUUUCCUUCUCCUGCUGUUGCUCAUUUUUUACUCCUGGUUCUUUUUCACACCGCUCUUCCUCACUUAUCUCUCCUUCAGCUCCAUUUCUUCUGAUCACUGAUGCUGGUUCUUCAUCUUGUAAAAGUCACUCUGUGGAGCAUGAGUGGAGAUGGCGGCUGAAAGCCACUCCUUAAGAAGAACUUUGAGUUUGUAGUGCCUUAACUGGUCGGCAAGUUGUGUCAUUGAGUUGUCAUGAUAGAUCUGAAUAAAACACAACAAGCACAAGAUCAGGGACUGCUCCUCAAGGUUGGUUUUACAUAAUUUAAUCUAUAUUUUAUAUUUUCAGUUAAUGUGAUGUGAUAACAAAUUUUACCAAGACAGAUUUCAAAUGCUUAUUUGUUUCAUAAUAUUCUAUUUAAUCAUCAUCUGUUGAAAGCAAAUUAGGAAAUAUGUGUGCCAGAGUAUGUAAAAUAACUCCCAUGAGCUUCUGUGCAGCUGGUCCCUGUGAAAUUUGAUCAAAUCUCAGAGGAAACUCCUUUUUUUCUGAGUCCAUUCAUUGUACAGUGGAAGCAGACCCAGGGUUUGAAUUAUAUGGGGGCUCUCAGUGCAGUCAUGUUUGCUUAUCUCUACAUAUCAUAGUGAGGGAAAAGGGUCAACAACAGAGUUACAGCAGUAAUAAUUCUACUUUUACGACUGCGGUGAGUUGACACAGUCAGUGACGUUUUACAUAGGCAAAAAAGCAACACAAGGGUCACGGUCAAGGGUCAGACUUGCUGCAGACUUUACAAACACAAAUAACCAUGUAGGUCCAAAUACAUCACAGGGUUAUCUCUAAAAUAUAUGCGGAGAAAAAUGAUGGUCUUCACUUGCCAGUGUACGCUCAUAAAAUUGAAUAUAUAUUUUUUCUUCCUCCUCUCCUUCAGUACUAAUUGAAUAGAUGUCCUUAAAUGUAUCUAAUUUAAGAUCCAAUCCAAGCCUAAGGGAGUUUUAUAAUAUUGAACAAGCACACAAGAUAUUAGUAAAUUGAUUAAGCUCAGUUACCUUCAGCUUAAAGCCUCACACAGAAAUGAAAACAGUGUACCUUUUCUUCCCUUGUUACUUUUUCUUGGCUGUAACAAAGUUUUGAAGAAGUUUAUUUUGACCACAUUAACGCUGCCUUCAGCUUUUUACUGAAGUGUUGUCCCAGCAAGGAGUUGAUGCAACUCUGAAGCCAAGUCUUUGGUGGUGGAAAAACAAAGAACAGGGGCCAAAUCAGGUGCUGGCUUUGAACUAGCCCUGGAACCAGCUUGGUAGAAGAGAGGGGUAUUUGAUAUUCUGAUGUUGACUGUCACCAUCAGGCAAGUAGAAUCCAAAUGAAGGAGAUUCUGCUCAGACAGUAAAGAACAAACACGCAACAAAGUGCUCAAACAACAGUUCCUCUUCCACUUCAUUACCCUUAAAAACAGGAUAGGCCAGUUGAGUCUUAAAGCAGGUAAAUAAACUCAUGUCUCAUAAUCAUAAAAACACAUCAGUGGUUAGUAGAAGUAGAACCAGUGCAUUAAAACACAUACAGUGCCUUGAAAAAGUAUUCAUACUCCUUGAAAAAACUAAAAAGUAUUUUUUUGUCAUAGACCAACACAAAGUAGCACAUAAUUGUGAAGUGGAACGAAAAUUAUACAUGGUUACAAAUUUAAACAAAUAAAAAUCUGAAAAGUGUGGUGUGCAUUUGUAUUCAGGCCCCCUUUGUGUCAAUACUCUGUAGAGCCACCUUUCACUGCAAUUACAGCUGCAAGUCUUUUGGGGUAUUUCUCUACAAGCUUUGCACAUCUAGAGACUGAAAUUUUUGCCCAUUCUUCUUUGCAAAAUAGCUCAAGCUCAGCCAGAUUGGAUGGAGAGCGUCUGUGAACAGCAAUUUUCAAGUCUUGCCACAGAUGCUAAAUGCUUGACUUAACAAACUGGUGAAAGAGGCUGGCUCUGUGGUUGGAUUUAAGCUGGACUCUGUGGAAGAUGUGGUGGAGAGAUCUACUCUGAGGAAGGUGGAGACUAUUCUAAAGAACAUGGACCACCCUUUUCAUGACACCUUGAUGGACCAAAGGGCCAAUGGUGGUGGACGGCUCCUCUCUCUUCGUUGUUAGACAGAAAGAUUCAGAAGAUCUUUUGUACCCACAGUCAUCAGACUGUUUAAUUCUUCUGUAAAUAGUAGAUGACUUUUAGAGACAUAACAAAUGAGACGACAAACUUUUAAGUUUGUGGUUGUUGAGUGACAAAAUGUGGAAAAAUUCAAGGGGUAUGAACACUUUUUCAAGGCACUGUAGCUCAGCAGGUUCACUGCUUGUGAGUGGUGAUGGUGGUGUUCAACAUGCUUUCCUACAUGGACCUUUUACUGCCUCCCAGACUCCUUAGCUGUGGUCGGUGCGCUGUUGUUGUCCAUACUUGUUGUCUUUGUUUGUAAAUCCAAAUGUUAUGAUACAGCUCCAUUGUACUAUGAACAGUGGGCCUGUCAUGAAACCAUAUUGUUGCCUUUUGUGUCUCUUCACAGCGAUUAGUUCCUGUUUUGUCUGCAGGUACAGAUCAUUAAUUUACUCCUACAACAGUGACAGUCAAAGCCCGUACUUUCAAAGAGUUUUCAUAUUAUUGUUGAAGUUGUUGAGGGCAUGAAAAGUUGACUGGUAAUAUUUGAUUUGACUUUUUGAAGCAAAUUGAGGUCACUUCAAACCACUCUUGUUUAUAACCCUUAGCUGUCAUUGCUGGAAGCACAACACUUUGCGUUUGCUUUUAAUCAUCCUGAAUGAAUUAAUUUCAUAAGUAAAAUUAAUUUCCACUCUGUAUUUGGUGAUAAGAGUUUUGUUUGUGUGUGUUUGUGCCCUCAGCUAUCUGAAAGGGAUGUACUCCUUUGGCCUCAUGGAAACCCGUUUCUACGACCAGGCUCUCAAAGUAGCCAUGGAGGUUAGUUUCUCCCCUCUAUUAUUGGCUUUUCUCUACUCUGUUUUCAUUAUUUUAAGUAGCUAGUCCAGACUGUCUGUGCCUGAGCUGAUAGUGUCAGUUCAAUUCUCCAAGUAAUUUGCAGUCAGACACUAACACCAAAACACAGCAGCUCACUCUGGCCCAGCAGCUCCUCUGUGCUGAAGCUUAGAAAGCCUAAGUGAGAUGAGGGUCACUUGAAAAUCACAUCAGAGAUGAAACGACAUCUUCUGAGGGUCAAGUUUGCCAUUAUUUAUAAAUUGCAAUAAUACUUUGCUGAAGAAGUGCAGGAUUUUCCCAGCGUCUGUGUUGCCUUUUGUAUUUCAGUCUGUGAACUUCUCCGCAGGGCCUCGCUCUGACUCCUGGAGACUCCUGGGCUGUGCACUCUGUAGCUCACGUCUUUGAGAUGAGAGCAGAGGUAGACAAAGGACUGAAGUUUCUGGAGAGCAGAGAGAAAGACUGGCAGGUACAACCUUUGACUGUGUUUUACAACUUGUGUUGUCGGGAAAAAUCCCACCUCAGCAGACUGGCACACUAGUGUAGUGGGAAAGCAGCAGUAUAUUCUGUCAGGCCAUGGUUCAAUACUUUGCUUGUUUUUUGGUCAGAUUUUAAGUGCUUAUAAAAACACACACACAAAAAAACUGAAAUUACACUUUGACUAUUUUUCAAGUGGAUUUUAAAGCUUACUUUAUGCUUUCCAAAUCAAGUCCAGUUUAACCACAGCCCCUGACAGCAGCAUGGAUUAGUAGAGGAAAAGGGAGGACAAGCAGAAUGACAUAUUACUUAUCAACGUCACUAAUUAAAGCUGCUGACUGACACAUAAUCAAUUAUUUCUGUCCAUGUUAUAAAUUAAGAUCAAUUCGUGUCACAAGCCCAGUGACGGUUCAUCACUAGGAUGUUUGUGCUCUCAAUUUUUAGACGCCAAAAGUAAACACUCUGAGGUCCUGUGAGUUCAGCUCUCUUCACAUAUGCCCCAAGGUAUUAACAAUCAUCAGGGUGAGCAGCUCAUCUUUAAAUCCACCCCGCCUGAUCAGGUGUUUUUCAGGUAUCUGUAACAGCUGCAGUAUGAAUGCUUGAGUGCAUGUUUACGUUCGACAGUCAUAUGGCACAGAUAGAGACUCUGAGUGGUUCUAGAAACAUCCUGGAAAACAAGGAGGUGGUGACAGCAUGACCAUGUUAGAGGUCGCUUGAGUGACGUGUUUCAUCCUACUGCGUAACAAAUUUGCAAAUGCACAUCACAAUUACUAUGUUCAAAUCCUCUAUCUUUCAGCCCUGCCAUAAAUUGCUUGUAUAAAUUUUGUAUGGGGGAGGGUGGAGAACACAGAACUUAUUAUCUUCUGUCCCAACAUCGUGAGCUGCCACUGUGAGGUAUCUGUCUGUUGCCUGCAAGUUCCAACAAGCAGUAGUGAGAUUAAUGCUUUGUGCUUUUGCCAGUUCGAUUUUAGUAUGUGUCGUUUUACAGAGGUUAGGAUACAGAAAACCUGCCAGAAGGACCUUCGAAACACAAGUAGAGCUUUUUCAUAAGGUGACUAAAGCCUAUGUCUGGUACCACCAAAAACAGCUGCCAGUCCUUGGCAAUUAACACCCCACUGCCCUUGCUGCUGCCCUUUGUGUCUGUUUAAAGCAGUUUGCUGUGUAUGACAGGAGGCAUUAGUGAAGGACUGUUGCAAUUUGGUGAUGUUGUUACACGCAGUAAUAUUGCUGGGUGAGCGCUGCAGAUUGACUGUCAUGUCCACUUUUUCCCAUUUGAGGAGGUGACACAGUAAUACGUUUUUUUGAAAUUACAGUUUACCUCAACUCAGGUUUAAAAGAUGGCAGAGCUAUCAAACUGAUAUUUGACUCUGAGGCGUGUCUGCUGGUCAAAAGAAUUCCAGGAUGUGCAUCCUCAGUUGUCACUCUCCCUCAAAGUCCCUCCUUGCUUCUUGUUUCUCUUCUCCUCUUGGAUUUGGGCCAUGGGAUGCCACUCAACAUGGCAUGCCAGCAACCACUUCCAGCUCAGCCAAGGACGGAGGACUAAGAAGACAUGAUUUUAGAGAACUAAGACGCAGGGAACAUAAAAAAUUGACAACUUCUUUUAUGCUCUUAAGCCAAAUAAAAUCCUCUGCAGGUACUGACGUUCAUACUGGUGAAACCACGGCAUGAGAAGAAGCUACCUGAACUCCUUUUUUUUAAAAUCAAAUAAGUAAUUAAAACCAAAACUCAGAAAAUAAACACUUUGACAUAAUCUGCAAAAAAGGAACUUACCACACUGGUAGGAACCAUGUUUAAAACAGCUUAUUUAAAGUGCUUUUUAGUGUUAUAGUUUGGGCAGAUAACCAUAGAGUCCAUAUUAAAAGUGGUUUGUGGUGAAUUCUCACUCUGGUAUUGUCAUCUUUCUCAAACUUUAGGGCAGAGUGAUUGGAUAUAAACUCUUUGGGAGUAUUUACAUCCCAUUAUGGGACUCACAGGCACUCACAAACAGAGCCAAUUUCGAAGAGAUAUUACAUAUCUGCCAGAUGCUGCACUUUCAGGACUGCAAAUCUGGGAUUGCAUGAGAAAUAUAAUGCAUGGAAGCUCGUUAUACUCAAAACAAAAAAUACCACAACCCACAAGCGUGUAGAGACCCAUGAAUGAGAUGCAGUAUGGCUCAUUUUAUAUUAAGACUUGCUGCAUCCCCAUCCUGUCCGAUGAAUUAAAUGAAGAUUAAUAUGUCAAAUUUUCCUGGUUUAAUUUCAGGUAUCUGACAUUCUGGCCAGUCACAACUAUUGGCACUGGGCUCUCUACUUCCUGGAGAAGGUAAAGAUCAUAAUGAGUUUUCUCAGUCAGGCGAAUAGUUUGCAGAGGGAGUGUUGUGGAAUUUGUAUUUAUGAUAUCCUUUCCCCUGGGUAAUUUCAAGUCUGGAGUUGAUUAUAUUGCAAGAUUAAUUUGUGUUUGCAUCUGUGCAACACAAUCUAUCAACCUCCCUUUAUUUCUCCAGUCUGAAGUUAUUCAAAUUCACCCUCUCCUCCUCCUCCUUCCCCACUACCACAGGGGGAGUAUGAAGCUGCUCUGGAGAUAUUUGAUUCUCAGGUAGGUAAACAUCAAGAGGUGAAGUCAAACCUUUAAUUCUCAUCUGUCUGUGCACACAUACACAUGCAGGCCUUUGAAGAGCUGUGCAUACACCAAUACACAUGGGACGCAGACUAAAAGCAAUAUGUUGUGCUGUGUUUGAGUCAAGAAGCCAAAUGCGUGCAAAUGGAAGUUAAACUCAUGUCAGGACAGGGGUUCAGUGUCAGCUGCCAGGGCUAAUUAUUAUUUUAUCCCCGUCUAAAAAUAGCAGAGACAGUUUUAAAGGAAAGCCUCUCUCAUCAACAUUUCAUAGUCCUACUCUCUACUGCUAUAAGUUUGAACACAACAGAAAUUCUCUCAUGUUGUCUGUUGAACGCCAUAAAUGUUUUAAAGUGCAUGUCAGUGGAAUCCAGACAAGCAGAGCUGCGUCCUUAUAUAAAUGUUAUCUCUCCGAAAAAUGUCUGUGUGCACGCUGUGACGACGCAGACCAUCACGCUGUGCUCGAUAGUUAAAGUUUGUUUUAUCCUCUUUAGAUAUUCAGCCGUUGUAAAGCAUCGGGAUCCAUGUUGGACACAGUCGAUGCCUCCUCAUUGCUCUACAGACUGGAAAUGGAGGGUGAGCUGGGGGGGAAAAAAGGGAAACUCGUGACCUACCCUGAACAAUGAAACAACUGUCUGUGUGAUGGAAAACAGAGACGAUAACAAGAACUGUAACUUCUCAAGAUGACGUUAAUUAUCUCAGUGAAUGUGUUAUAACAGAUGUGAAUGUGUUGGUGAAGGGCCAAAAGGUGGGAAAAAAAGAAAAAAACGAAUAAUGGGUAUAUUUGAGACAAGUAUUAGGAGGGGAAAUCUUUGUUAGCUUGUGAAAAGGGGGUGAGCCUCAUUGAGUUCUGCAGCUAUAUUUCUAUUUUCUGUAACAAAAGAUCCAAAGCUUCUCGACACCUAUCUCAUGUCAGGGUUUAUGGCCUUGUUUGGAUGAGAACCACCCUGUUAAAACUACAUUUAAAAAUCUAUCCAUGUGACAAUGUGAAAUCAAUCUGCAUGCAGGUGGAUCUGCAAAAAGGAACUGUAAACACUGCAGUUUGCAUGUCAGGCCAGUGGUUAGUGGUGUAACACCACAUGCAUGGAGGUAAAGGUGAUCUCGCGAAGUAGCCAUUACCAUUUUUUGACUGGGAUCCACGUAUCAUCAGGUUGGACAGUGUUAGAGGGGGGUGUCAAACUGUUAAAGGGGAUGUAUGCAAAGUUUCAAAUAACAAAGUAAACAUAUUUUGUCACCAACUCUGAAAGUAGGUGUAAACUGCUCAAAACGGGACCUUACGAGAAAACGCGAGACUCACUAAAAUGCCUGCGUCAGCAUUACAGGCUCCCCUUACCAGGUGGCCAAUCAGACGGGUGGGGGCCUCAAAAAGACAGCAGCUAAAACAAAGUGUUUCAGACUGAAAUAAUGAUAUUUUAAAACACCAGAGUGAGAAACAGGAGGCUUUUUUUAAAUCUGAAAAUCACAUAAAGCUAUUAACCUCCUAAGACCCGAACUCUUGCAAGGCAUGCAUUUUAUUUUCUCUUUAAUAUUUAGACUAAUUGGGACCUGAUGAGUAUAAAAACAAAGAAUGAUCUUUUUACAUGAUGUAGUUUCUGAGAAAAAUGAUGUUCACAUAUGGGGACAUUUGUUUUAAAUUUUGAGAGAAGGCCCUUGUGAACAAAAUUUAAUAUUGUGGUCUUGACAACCAAAAAUGUGAUGUCCACACAUGUGGACGCCAGGUCUUAGGAGGUUAAAGACAAAACAGAAAAGAAGAGUCUGAAAAAAACGCUUGGUACCCCCUCUUUAACAAGGUUCAUUUGUAAUGACACUAUGCAGACAGUAAUACCAUAAACUUGGAUUCAUCGAUUCUAAAUCAGUUAUUGCAAACCAGUAGUUUUCAAAUUUGUAGACUUUCUAGAUUUGUUGAAUUUUCAAACUGUGUAGACGUACAUUUCUGCAUCAUUUACACAGGUAAUGAUUCAAUUAGGCAGUAAGUGUGUUAAUCAAUGUUCCGUCAUGAUUUAGAUUGUAAUUAAAUAAGAUAAUUAUUCACAAACACUUACUGAUUUAUAAUGAAGUAGUUUUACCAACAAAUUUACUCAGAUUGUGUAAUUGACCUUUUGAGCUGCUGAUAACUUCCAGUAAUCAGCCACUGUGUGAGUGAAUGCACAGAUAAUUAGCCUACAAAUGUUUUUGUGUCUCUAGUGCUGCUGUAAAACUUACCUGCUGCCACUGAGGCUUUUGCUGAUUAGUCAAAGUCACAUCAGGUCUGAAAUACAGCAGAAAACUGAUGACAUAUGAAUAUGACAUAACUGAUCUUUUUCAUCAAUCCCCCCCUGAGCCCCACUUUAAGAACCACUGUUAUUUAGUGUCCAUGCAUGGAAACCUAACACAGCUGGGUACUGGUAUUUGUUCAGAGCUUUUAUAUGCAACAUUUUUGCAGACAGAAAACAAUAACACCUACUUUGCUUCUGAAGUACUUCUAUAGGGUCCUCUCUGGGUUGACGGCUCUGUGACGAUCUUGUUAUAGAUGGUAAUUGUUGCACUGAAGUCUGUUGUCAAGGCUGAUAUUCAUGAAAACAGCUGCUGACUUUCAAGCAAUAGAAUUGAAAGCCAACACUUAACAUAAACCUGGACCUAGAAUUCAGAAGAUGCAGUUUAUUUAAAGGUUUUAUAAACAGCACUUUUAUGAGGCAUCAUACUCAAAGCUUAUUAGACUCUAUAAAGACUGCUAUAAGCUGUAGUGAAUACUUCUAAUCACUCAUAAGGGUUGUUGUAGGGCCUUACAGAUGCUUUCAUACUGCUUUAUAAAUGUGCCAAAGAGAGGUGAGGUAGGUUCAUCGAGGUGUUAGUUUUACGUCUUUGUUAUCUUUAUCCCGAUUCAUUUUUUCAGCCUGCCUUUGCUCUGAACUCUCUAAGCUGUCAGGCUUAAUGACGCUCUUUCCAAAAAGCCUGUGAAUAUUUCAGGCAUGUGUGAUCCAAGCUCUGACACAUUUGAAGGAAAUGGCGUACUGUAUUUAAAUUGAGACAAAAGUUGUUUUAUUAUUUCAAGAGUAUAGUGCAACUCUGACGCAGGCUUUGUGUGUCGGUAUGUCAGGUGUGUGUGUGAAGGACCGCUGGCGAGAGCUGCUCCAGAUAACCCAGCCUCACACUGACGACCACGUGACCAUUUUCAACGACGUCCACUUCCUCAUGACGUCGCUGGGAGCCAAAGAGAGCGCCACCUCUCAGCGUCUGCUCAAGGGCCUCCAGGAAUUGUCCAAGUAAGUUUCACACCAUUUCUCCUCCUCGGUGCACACCCUGAAACUCUGUCAGCGUUACAUAAGAGCCACCCAGGCCUUAUGUAAAAACUAAGACAGAAACAGUGCCGAGCGUGGGAAGGCUGGAUACAGAGAAAGGAAUCAGAACUCAGAGCUGCAGUCCAUGGUAGACAACGGGGUCUUCCCUCUGCAGCAGAUGUACCAGCAGCUGCAGCCUCUCUGGAGCUCUGCGGUGUCUAACCAUGAACAGCCUGUUCUCUCUCUAUUUAAGCUGCCUUUUAAAACCUGCACUUGAAAUUCAACACAGCACCUCUUUUAACCAUCAGAGAAGCCAUGUGGACAUGUUUCAGCUUUGCAUCUAUUCAGCCCCAUCACUGAAAUACAUCGCAUGGUGUCACAUUUAUUUCCCUUGCUUCAGAAGGAUUGAACAGAUUUUUACAUAAUCCAUACACUGACGUCAUCUUCUUUAUUCAACCUCCUGUAGCCAGAGGAAGUAUCUCAGAGUAUGUGCUAAUCCAAAAAAGCCUGUAAACAGCACAGCAUCUUUGGCCUGGGAGCAAAGUGAAUCCCCCUCUGAUAUUACUGCUCUUCAUAUUUCAGCAUGAAUAAUCUUCCCAUGCGUAUGUCAGUGUGCAGAAAUAGCUCAGAGCUGUUUUUCAUUUACUUUUCUUAGUAUUAAUGAUUUUUUUCAUGGUUGAGAUCACAUAUUAGCGUCACUCAUGUCAUUGAGCAUUAGAGCUUUCGUACAAAAAUGACUGGGUCUUUUUUAAAGUUACCAAACUCUUCUCUCUCUUCCUUUAUUAUAUUAUUCACAGUUAAAGUUUCCAAUUCUUUAGAACUUUUUAUCUUCGAAAUCCUUAUUUCAUGAAGUGAAUCUUUUUUCUCAGAACAUCUCACUGAACUGAAAAAAAAAAACUUUUUUUGCCCUUUUGUAAAGCAGUAAGGGAAGCUGUCAUUGGCCAUGUUUACAUGGGCACAAUUUUUUGAUCUGAUUAAAAAUUUGAGGGAUUGGAUAAUCUGAAUCCACAGUUUAUAUGGGUGCAAAAUCAAAGAAUAUAGUAUACAUGCACCAAGUUUAUUCAAAUUAGAAGCAUUUGGACAUGUGCACUAAAACAACCACAGAAGAAGAGUUGUAUUGACGCCUGUGCUGUUAACAAACUAACAAACGCUGUCAUGGCUCACUUCAUCCAAUUCAGAAGUUUUCCCUCUGUUAAAUGUUGUCACUAGAUGGCGCCCUUGCGUACUUAUUUAACUGUUCUGUCAAAAAUUGCACUGUCUGUGCAGAUGUGACAUCAUUACGCUAUAUGUACGCCUUGUUAUGUAACAGGUGUUGUGCCGUAGAAUGCACCCCUGCCGUAGAGUGCACCCCCUGCAUUCCAUCCACUCGUUAGCUUCUUAAAGUGGAAGAAAAUUAUCUCAUAUUUUAAAAACUACGAGUAUUUGAUCAUGACAACUUUUGUUCUGUUUUUAUGUGUCUCAAAAAUGCACACACGGAGGUGUGCUUGGGUAUAUAAAUUGUACAGUAAGCUGUCAAGCUAGCGAACAUUAUAUUUUCGGGACAGCAAAUAUUCCGAAUCAGGGGGCUAUUUUUUUGACUUAUCUGAAUAGCCUGAAUUAAAUUAUUCAAGGCACACGCUUAUGAAUUAAUCCAAUAGUAAGGAAAACUCGGAUUAUUUUCGCCUUGUUAAGUACUUUCAACCGCGCUCCCGUCGGGGGUGCAUUCUAUGGCAGGGGUGCAUUCUACGGCACAACACCGGAGGAGCAGACACGGCACCUGUGGUUGUGUUUUAUGCCAGUGUUAAUAAUAAAACUUCGUGUUCUGGCCUCAAUAAAUAAACCAAAGGCUAAAGAGUGAAGAUCGAGUUAGGUAAGAAAGUCACGAUCGGAAUAAGUGUUUACAUGGAUGUUUUUUUGUAAUAACGAUCUGCAUAAACCGCCCCUCUCGAUCGGAAUACAAUCAUCCAGUUGAGCCGAAUUGGAUCAGAAUCUUCCAAUCGACAUGUCAACAUAAUGCAUUUUAAUUCUGAUCAGGCAUUUAUUCCAAUCAUUUGUGCCCAUGUAAACGCAGCUACCUACAACAUAUGGAGUGAACUCUUUUUGCCUGUAGAUCUACUAUAAAGUGCAGUCAUUUUGGGUGAGCAAAUGUUCAGUCAAUGGUUUCCUUUUACAGUGCAAUGAUUAUUUAAGGGAUCAUUAAAGUUAUGCACAGCAAUAAGCAAGGUCAAAUCACCAAAUUUUCCAGUGCAUUUGUUACCUUUUACUACCUUGUGCUUUGAAUUGACAAAAAUAUCUGUUAUUUUCACACCCAAUAGCAUCAAAAAGCAUUGAAGCUCGUGAAAACAGGUCUUCCUACUCAAAGUAGCAAAAGCGAGAAAGCAGAGGUUAAUCAAAGUGAAGAAAGAGCCUGUGUUACAUGCGAAUAAAGCAGUAAAUGUGCGAGACUUGACGUUGUGUUAUCACUGUUAUACUUUAAUUGACUCAUCAUGAAAUGUGCAAAGGUGCCAGCUUUCGUUUGAUUGCAGCACAUGUUUCGAUGUUUCAUCCUGCGCAUCCUCUGAUCCGCUGUGUGUCACACCUGCAGCUUUCACACACACACCAGACACUAUGCAAACAACUCCAAUUCACAUGUUGGUAAAUAUCGAUGUUGUGUUGAGUCCUUUUAGUGAGUCAUAAUGAUGCACGUGUUAUAUUUGUCUGUUGCAGACAGGCAGAGAGCAGAGAAGUGAGACAGAAGUGUCACCUUUUACCUUCAUGUUUAGCAGCAGACUGGUAAUUAAAAGCUUCACACCUCUGCACACAGUGACUGAAUGAAGCACUGAAACUGCUGAGAGGUGGCAUAUUUUCCACAAAUAGACACCACCACACAGUCCCACCUGGCUUAGAAAUGGUGAUUUAGAGGAGAAAUACAAUUUUAUUUUGGGUCUAUACAUUACUUUCUUGUCAAAUUGUAAUUACUGCAGCAUAAUUUUACAGUUAACUGCAGGGUAAAAAGUUUAUCUGACUUUUCUUUACUCACAUUGUUUUCAGGGUGAGACGAAGACUAAAAGUAACCCAGCUGUACAAUGACAGUGAAGGCAUUUGAUUUUUGCAUCCUGAGCUCCACUGAACUUCUUCUACACUCACUUUUAAGUCUUCCAGACAAUCAACCUGAUGUUGUUUUUUGGAACAGAGAGCCAAAAGAGAACUACCAGCACAAGCUGGCUGGAUCUGUUGGGGUAUCAAUGUGUGAGGCCAUGGUGGAGUACGACCAAGGCAACUACAACCAGGCUGUGGAGCUGCUGUACCCUCUACGCUACAAGAUCGUAAACAUUGGAGGCAGCGAUGCACAGGUAAGGCUCACAUCAAAAUACAUCAACUAUCCCCUGACGAUCAUAUCUGAGAAUAAUAGCCAGCUUUUGGGGGAUAUGGUGCAGCUAGCAGUCAGCAAUUGACAAAUCUGAGCCAGGAUCUCUUCUCUUUAAAGGCUGCAUAAUACAGUAUUUGAAAGAACUGAUAUUACAAUAUUUUUCCUUUCUGUUGUAAAUAUUCCUUUGUGGAAGAAUACAGUUUACAUCAAAAUAAAAGCAGUUUAGUUUAUGAGUAAAUAAACAGUUUAAUGCUUUUUCAUUAUUUGGAUCCUGAAGUGUAUUUUCUGCCUAAAAGCAGCUUGGAGGAGUUUUCAUUUUCUGUUGAUCUUGGCAGCCACUAUGAAUAAAAGCUGUAGUGUUUUAGCGCAUCUUGUCGAAAAGACACUUAUCUGGCUCCAGAAACUAACUUUUUUUGUGAGCAGUUCGAGGCAACUCACUUUGUAAAUGUGUUUAAAAUGGGAAGCGAGUCUGGGUCAGCCCGCCGCCGAGUGUAAGACAGACGUAGAGCAGCGGGACUACUGAGGUUAUUGACACAGAGCUGCUCUGCUUGUCUGUCUGUCUCCGGUGUGGAGGAGCUUCUCACUCCGUAGCUGCAGCUGUAGCAUGACACGGCGUCUGCGGGAGUCUCCUGCUGCAAGACAUUGUCACCGUUUGUGUAGUGACAGUAAUAUGUGAGUUUUCAGUGCAAAAUUAAGAGGAAAAAAUGCAUGCGUCGUCUCUGGUCUGAGUGCUGUAAACCAUUUUGUGAAUCGUUUGUGAUACUGACAUUACCACUGGCUCCCGUUUUCCCUGUUUUCACUAUUUGGAAAUAGCUUAUCUUCACACAGAUGGGCUCAUUCACUGUUGCAGGUGACAGGGCGACAUCAGCAGAAACGAGAGAUUUUUCUUUUGCAAAUCCAGUGAAAAGUUCCUUACAGGAAGUUAAAACAAAACUUUUCUCCUGCUUUUACCAAAGCGUCAAGCCCUCUGACAGCUGCUUUAACAAGUACAGAAAGAGGAAGAAACAGAAAGAGAAGACGGAAGGAUGUGGUCCUCCAUAAAGAUUUCUAAUAAACAAAAUGGAUUCACUCAGAAGUCACAAAUAAUUCUGACAGUGUGUAAAGCUAUAUUCAAUCUUGUGUAUCUUCUCAUAGUAACUUAGUAACAUAGUAAAGUUUCCACCUUGUUCUCCAUGGGAUUUUCAUCACACUCCACUCUUGAUACACUCUAGCUGUAGACACUACAAAUGAACAUUUGCUGAUCGCAGAAGUGGUCUGUAUGUGUGCUAAAAAUGUUUAAGAGCACUUCUGUCAUUGGUCUUGCAUUAGCUGGAGUAGCAGUGACAGCAGCUGUGUCAAAAACAUGUUUUUACAUUUUACAGUCAGUCAAACAUGAAUCAGACAGACUCAUUCUGUACAGCAGUCAGUCCUGUGUGAGUUGAAGUGGGGGGGUGGGCUGCAUCAGAGUUAUGCCAGGCAGAUGUUUAUUGUAGAUUAUUCAUGGGGAUAAGAAACUGAAGAAUGCAUAACAUGUUUGAGGUCCAUGACUGGAAUUGCAUGGCCUGGGGAGCACAUCAUAGUUGCAUUGGUCAAAUAAAUAUUGAUCAGUCCUUCUCCGUGCUUCACUGUGUACAGUCCAAUUAAGGAGCGAUCACGUGUUUGCACCGACAGAAAAGCAAAAUACACCUCGCCUCACAUGUCCGCAAAACAAACAGGUUCACCUCUCAGUGAAUUAAAUCUCUUUCAGAGGAGUUUCUGGUAGGUCUGAACAGAUGAGAUUAUGAACCUGAAACAUAAACCUGUUUUUUUGUGGUUGACUUUUGCAGGAAAGGAUUGUUCGCUAGACUUGGAUGCAGAUCUCUGCUUAAAGUAAAAACACAUUUUUAAACUGUCAUUGUGGUGGAUUGUGUUGUGCAUGUUUUAACUCUGCACGCAGGCUCUUUCCUGCAAAAACAGAAGCCAAAGACACAUGCUUGAUCAUAUUGCUUAAACCACAAAACCACUACAAGCAUGAAUCAGAGCACUAAAUCCCACUAAAAUAAUGACCCCCAACUACAGAUUCUACAUGAUGUUUCAUCUAUUAACAGAGAUCAGGCCUACAGAAAUGGUUAAUUCAAAGUCAAGUCAUAACAAACAAGAAAAAUGAAACAAACUCAAAGCCCAAACAAAACAGCCGUUCUCUUUUUCACGGCUGAAAUGAGAACAACCUUGAGGCUUUUCUGUUUUUUGAAGUCAUUGAUCAAACUUUUUUUCCUGAGUGAAACAAAAAUCCCUGUUGUUUGUAAAGUAGGCCAGAGGUGAAGAGCUGUCUGCCUAGAAAGAAAGCCUCUCAGUGCAUGAACAUGUGAAAGCGUGGAGCCAAGAGCCGCCGCGUAUGAAUAAUGAAACGUGAUGGAUGCUGAUGGACCUUGUGUGUUUGCUGUUCUUUUUGUGUUUAGAAAACUGUUCCCCAAGGUGAAGCCCUGUAUGUACAGUCUAUCACAAAGGGUUAUAAAGUCUCCAUACAGUGUGCUUGGAGCAGAUUUAUGUUUACUAAUGGCUCUGCCCGCUGUUGUUUACAGAGAGACAUCUUCAAUCAACUUCUUAUCCAUGCAGCCAUGAAAUCAGAGAAUAAGCACCAUCAGAAACUGGGAAGGUAAUGCACAACAGGGACUCCAGGCCAAACACAAGGCUUCAGUCUCUUUCAAAUUCAGCUUUUCGCAUCAACGAUCCAUCUAUGUUUAAUGUUAAAAUCUGCUGAGAGAUUAGAGGAGAAACAGGAACGAUGUUGCACUAUUUGAAGCUGCGGAUUUCAUCAUGUUUAGAGUUUGUUUUUCGGGGCUGCUGUCCACUCCUCUUCCUCAGCUUCUGUUCGUCAGCAUGCAGAUAGUGUUGGCCCCUUGUUACGUAACAGACAUCCCCUGUCUGAGCAGCAUGUUAGCUUUUCAUUAUUGAUCAGGUCAGCCUCUCAGCUUGUCUCUCCUAAUCUGUCUUCAUCUCUUUGUACUGUCUUGUGUUGUGCCCAAUUCCUGCAGAUGUCUCCUGCUGGAGCGUGAUGCGGUGAGGCCGGGAUCCCCUCUGACGAACCGGCUCAUGCAGAAAGCCCUGGCUCUGCACUAGACUGAUAGUAAGGUGUGCGAUGCAAAAGAAAAGAAAGAAAAAAAAACUAACACCGUAAUCUGAUGUGGCAGGGUUUGACUUUAAGAGAUUAUUUUGCUAAAACACAUGAAUUUAUCACUGUCAAGACAUCCGUUUGAGCUUUUUAAAAAGAAGAGCUUUAUAUUUCAAACUAAUCAAACUCCGUUAACAAAUCUGCUUAUUCCUGUAGGCUAUGGGAAUAUAUUCACCCUAGGAUGCCAUAUAGCACGCAUAAUUGCACAUUUUUACACCAGUUAUUUCUUUUAUCUGAGGAAACUGUCAAUUAUUACACAGCAGCAUGUUUUUCUGUCAGAUUUUUAUUAGCAAACAUCACGUUUAAAAAUAAAUACUUUCAGAAAUAAAAUCUGCAUGUCAAGAUCAAUACAAAAACCUUGUCAAAUAUUAAAAAAUAUACAGCUUGCA